AUGCUACCAGCAGUUUCAUUUUAUAUCACUAUUGACAUUACUGAUGUUAAGGUUGUUUUCGAUUUUUUUUCACUUUCUCUAUAUAAGAAACAUCUUCGUUAUCUGCCAAUUCAUAUAAUCGGACCCAGAAAUCCUCUAUAUUUAUCGUUUAAGAACGCAAAGGCUGUCUCUGCAAAAAAAAUGCUAGUUAAAUCUUUGCUUUCAGGUGCUGCUAUUCUAGGAAAUACCUUAGUGUCAGCUGCUACUGCUUCAACAAACAGUUCAACUCCAAUAGUCAAUAUCACAGGCAAUGCUUUCUUCGACUCUGAAUCUGGGGAAAGGUUUUAUAUCCGUGGUGUAGACUACCAACCAGGUGGUUCAUCAAACUUGACUGAUCCUUUAGCGGAUAGUACUAUCUGUCAAAGAGAUAUCCCUGUUUUCAAGGAUUUAGGUAUAAAUACUAUCAGAGUUUACACCGUCGAUAAUUCAUUAGACCAUUCCGAAUGUAUGAGCCUAUUACAACAAAAUGGUAUCUACUUAAUAUUAGAUGUCAAUACUCCAACAAGUGCAAUUUCUAGAACUGAUCCUGCAUGUUCCUAUAACGCUGACUACUUACAGAGUGUUUUCGCUACUAUUGACGCUUUUGCUGAUUAUGAUAAUGUCCUUGGUUUUUUCGCUGGCAAUGAAGUUAUUAAUUCUGCUAACACAACAAAUACAGCCACUUACGUUAAAGCUGUAGUCAGAGACAUGAAGAAGUAUAUGGAAGCAAGAAGUUAUAGAAAAAUUCCUGUUGGUUACUCUGCAGCUGAUAUCGCAGAAAAUAGACUAUAUGCUGCCGAAUAUUUUAACUGUGGUGACGAUGAAUAUGCUAGAAUUGAUAUGCUAGGUGUCAACGAUUACUCCUGGUGUGGUCAUUCUUCUUUCCAAACCUCAGGUUAUGCCCAAAAAGUUCAAUUAUAUUCUGACUAUUCAGUACCAAUCUUUUUAAGUGAAUUUGGUUGUAAUGAAGUUGUAGAUUCCAGACCUUUCACUGAAAUUCAAUCUAUUUAUUCCACACAAAUGUCAAGUGUGUUUUCUGGUGGUUUAGUCUACGAAUAUUCUAACGAAACAAACAAUUUCGGUUUAGUUCAAAUAGACAACGACACUUCCGUUACAAAAUUAACUGACUUUCAAAACUUAAAGUCUGAAUAUAGUAGCGUUUCAAAUCCAUCAGGUGACGGUGGAUUUUCAACUUCUUAUAACUACUCUACUUGUCCAGCCUACCAAUCUGGUACUUGGGAAGCAAAUAACACAUUACCGGACAUGCCAAGUGCUGCAUCUGCUUAUUUCAGUUCUGGUGCCGGUAGAGCUUGGGGUACUGGUUUAUCAACUAUCAAUCAUUGCCACGAAGAUGAUGAAGAUGUCGAUAGUUCCAGUUCAUCCAGCUCAUCCAGCUCAUCCAGCUCAUCCAGCUCAUUCAGCUCAUCCAGUUUAUCCAGCUCAUCCAGUUCGUCUAGAUCAUCUAGCGCAUCCUCAUCAUCAUCUAGCUCAUCCAGCUCAUCAUCUUCGUCCAGAACAAGUAAAGGCGCCGCUGUCAAUGUUGCAGUUCCACAAUUUGUCCAAGUUAUCACACAAGUGAUCGGCUUUUUAUUAUAA